AGAAUAUUUACGUAUUAAUGUAAGUAUGUUUUCUAUAUAAUAUUCUAGUCUUCUGUUGUCUUCUUAAUAAAAACUGUAAACCCAUAAACUUUAAAAAUUGAUUUAUUGUUUACAGCGUUGUUAAUAUCAAGCAGUAUAGGUUCCAUUAUUGGUGUUAUAAUGAACGAAUUGGACAAUAAAAUGGUCUCAACAAAAAAGAAUGUGUGCAAUGAGUUCAAAAAAAAAGAUGGCACAGGAAAAGACAACCAAUACUUGUACUUGCGUUCUGUGGCCAAAAUUGAGUGUGGUCAAAACGAGGGUACAGCAGUUUGCGUUCACACGUCUGACGCUGUCAAAGGACACCUGUUCCUUACCUGUGCUCAUGUCGUAGACCAUACAAUCCAAUCGGUAAUAUUACGAUAUGAUGGGCAUGCAAUUAAAGGUAGAGUUAUAUAUGUUAAUCGUAAGGCUGUACCAUAUGACAUUGCUGUAAUUGUAUCUGAACAAACUAAACAAACUACAGACAUUUUACCUUGUCAGAUAUCAGACAAAACCCCGACUAUUGGUCAAAAAAUGUUUUCGGUUGGAUUCGCUUGUCGAGAAUAUGUACCAUCUACAGUUUUCGGUCACAUGCACAGAAUGAUAUAUAGCAUAUUGACGACCACUUGUAAUGUGCGUGCAGGGUUCAGCGGCGGUCCAGUAUUUUCAAUCGACAGAAAACUGUUGGGACUUACUGUUGGAAAAUUGAACAUGGGCACUUUUCAUUUUGUAUUGCCUUCUAUAGAAUUUGUGGAAACUAUUAACAAAUAUAUCAUUACUAAUAACAUUGAAAUACUUAAUGAUUUAGAAUCCAAGUGCCCAUUGAAAACAGUGCUAUGGAACAAUGGAAUUCCAACCUUCAAAGUUUGAAGAACGGUGAUAAUCUGGUCAAAUAACACUCUUAUAUUGACUAACAUAGCAUUCCAUAUCAACAAAUGUAAGGUACAUUCUUCAUAAUUACUAGUGCCUAUUUCCUUGAUUUCUAUCAAGGCACUCCAAUAUUUACUAUAUCAAAAGAGGUGAUUUCACAUACUAACUUCCUUCAAAAUCUUAUUAUUUUUUUUAAAAUAAAUUUCAUGUAUUUUAAUCUGGAACUAUUCACUUGUACAAUAUAGAAUUUACCCAUCUGUUGUUAGUUUUUAGAGGAAAUGUGUACAAUGUGUAUGAUAGUUAUGAAGAACUAGGCAAUUUAAAUUCAAUAUUGGCCUAUAUUCUGUCUCAAAAGAAAACAAUCACGUUUUGCCAUCAUGAAUGAUGUAACUGGCGCGUUGAGAACCACGUGAUCAAGCUAACACCAAAUUGUUAUCUAGAGAAGCGCUGUCAAAAAUCGGUAGGCCGACUGAUAGCUCUCUUUUGAGACAUGUAUAGGUAGAUAAGAAAAAAUAAGUACAUAAUAAUAAAUUGUUUGUGUCCAAAGUUAGAAUAAACAAUUACAACAUAAUUUUUUUAAUUAUUAUGAUUGCGCUAAAUAAAAUCAACAUGUGUGAACUGAA